CACAGAGCAGAGCAGAGGGAGAGGAGAUCCAGUAGUGGCUGAGAGAGAGAUAGAGAGAGAAGAUAGAAGCAGGGAAGGGAGUGGAGCAUGAGAGCUGAGCUGUGAACAUACUGGAGAACAUAAAUCUUGUUGACUUUUUAGUCGGUAGUUGGAGCAUCAGGACAGGAUGGCUGUCCUGCAUCUGUGCAGUCUGCUGCUGCUGCUCAUGGCUCCUGUUCAAGGCCAAUGGUGGGGUGUGUUCUGGGGGAAAGCACAGGACAUGACCACACAGGCCCCCACCACCGAGGUCCCCACCACCACCACCAAGGUAUUUUGGACAAUGGAAGGGACAGAGGUGGGCACCCAGACGGAGGUGUACACUACUGCACCUGUUCAGAGUACACUUCUACAGAGCACACAGGAGCCUGCAGGUGCUGGAACAACAGAGAUCAAGCCCAAGGCUAAGAAAAUACCUCUGAAAAUGUGGAAGAGUCGUGGUAAGUUAUUCUGUGCUGUGCAGGAGUCGAGGAACACCUGGAGUGUGCUGGAUGAUGUAGUUUUUUCAGGUUAAUUUCCGUUUGGGAUUCUGUCCAAAAAAGUGGUCUUUAUGUUGUGUUUAAAUAACAACAGUUCUGCUACUGGUUCUGCACUUGGCUUGCACGUUCAAUUAAACAGAACCAAUGCUCUGUGAGUUCUCAGUCAUCGACUUAGCAUAAUGCUGUAAAAACUUCCCCUGAAGGAAUCUAAAGGCCCUGACAAUGUGGCAGCUGUGGAGCUAUGGACUCAUGGUGGUUCAUAAUUUUUGUUAAAGUAGUCUCAAGCUGAUACUUGUAGUGGGAUCAUGACAGAGAUUAGGUAGUGUGUUCCCUCACAGCCUGCUCAAGCUUACUGAGCAUGGCUACGCUUUUUUAACUUGUCUAAUUGAGGCUGUGCAUUGCUGAGGGGAGCAGGUUUCCUGCUAGCCCCUUGGUUUCCAAAGUAAAUCCCUAUCACAUGAUAUUAAAAUAAUAGGAUUAGGGCCAAGAGCCUUCCUGGAACCUGGGGAAAAUGUGGUCCGAGAAGUGUGAGAAUUGUUUCAGAGCCUGCGCUGGGCUGGGUUGUGCGGUGAGAGAGCGAGAGUGGGGAAUGGGGCACAGACGGAUGGGUGAGGUACGGGAGGGAGGACUGAUAUCAAGAGGCUGGAGAUGAGAGGAGCGAUACAACAUUUUCAUAACUGAGAUGGAUGGGGCACCGGUUAUAGGGAAAUCCAUUUCCAAAAUACUGUAUGUCUGAUGUCUUGCCUGACUAGAAGAAUUGGGGGCUAAAUCAUCAUUCAGUAAACUCCGAGAAAAUCACUGGACAAAGAGGACAAAGUUGUAUCCACAUUCUGCAAGCUCUCUCUGAACAAAAUGUGUUGUUAACUCUUGUCUCUCCUGUCUAUUCCUCUGUCUGAGCUGUACUGUAGGUGUUACGCUCUGACAUCUUCUCUCCACAAUGUUAAUGUGUCUGUCUGAGGAGGAUGUCUGUCUGUCGAUCCAGCUUUGAUAAUUGCCGGCCAUAAACAGUAACUCACGCUCCCAGACAUCCACUCAGUAUGGCAACCUACUUAUAGAACUUUAGACAGUUCACACCAUUCACCUGUAUGUUAUUAGCAUUACUGUGUUGCUAUGCUAAAACAGGCAGGGUUUUCAUUGAGGACAUCAGAUAUAUGUUUGUAUAUAAAAUACCAGUCAAAGUUUGGACACACCUACUCAUUCAAGAGUUUUUCUUUAUUUUUACUUUUAAUAGUGAAGAAAUCAAAACUAUGAAAUAACACAUAUGGAAUCAUGUAGUAACCAAAAAAGUGUUAAACAAAUCAAAAUAUAUUUUAUAUUUGAGAUUCUUCAAAUAGCCACCCUUUGCCUUGAUGACAGCUUUGCACAAUCUUGGCAUUCUCUCAACCAGCUUCAACUGGAAUGCUUUUACAACAGUCUUGAAGGAGUUCCCACAUAUGCUGAGCACUUGUUGACUGCUUUUCCUUCACUCUGCGGUCCAACUCAUCCCAAACCAUCUCAAUUGGGUUGAGGUCGGGUGAUUGUGGAGGACAGGUCAUCUGAUGCAGCACUCCAUCACUCUCCUUCUUGGUAAAAUAGCCCUUACACAGCCUGGGGGUGUGUUGGGUCAUUGUCCUGUUGAAAAACAAAUGAUAGUCCCACUAAGCGCAAAACAGAUGGGAUGGCAUAUCGCUGCAAAAUGCUGUGGUAGCCAUGCUGGUUAAGUGUGCCUUGAUUUCAAAAUAAAUCACUGACAGUGUUACCAGCAAAGCACCAUCACACCUCCUCCUCCAUGCUUCAUGAUGGGAACAACAAAUGUGGAGAUCAUCCGUUCACCUACUCUGCGUCUCACAAAGACAGCAGUUGGAACCAAAAAUCUCAUAUUUGGACUCAUCAGACCAAAGGACAGAUUUCCACCGGUCUAAUGUCUAUUGCUCGUGUUUCUUGGCACAAGCAAGUCUCUUCUUAUUAUUGGUGUCCUUUAGUAGUGGUUUCUUUGCAGCAAUUCGACCAUGAAGGCCAGAUUCACGCAGUCUCCUCUGAACAGUCAAUGUUGAGAUGUGUCUGUUACUUGAACUCUGUGAAGCCUUUAUUUGGGCUGCAAUCUGAGGUGCAGUUAACGCUAAUGAACUUAUCCUCUGCAGCAGAGGUAACUCUGGGUCUUCCUUUCCUGUGGCAGUCCUCAUGAGAGCCAGUUUCAUCAUAGCGCUUGAUGGUUUUUGCGACUGCACUUUCAAAGUUCUUGACAUUUUCCAGAUUGACUGACCUUCAUGUCUUAAAGUAAUGAUGGACUGUCAUUUCUCUUUGCUUAUUUGAGCUGUUCUAGCCAUAAUAUGGACUUGGUCUUUUACCAAAUAGGGCUACCUUCUCUAUACCCCCCUACCUUGUCACAACACAAAUGAUUGGCUCAAAUGCAUUAAGAAUGAACUUUUAACAAGGCACACGUGUUAAUUGAAAUGUAUUCCAGGUGACUACCUCAUGAAGCUGGUUGAGAGAAUGCCAAGAGAGCGCAAAGCUGUCAUGAAGGCAAAGGAAGAAUCUCAAAUAUAAAAUAUAUUUUGAUUUUUUUAACACUUUUUUUGGUUACUACAUGAUUCCAUAUGUGUUAUUUCAUAGUUUCGAUGUCUUCACUAUUAUUCUACAAUGUAGAAAAUAGUAAAAAUAAAGAAAAACCCUUGAAUGAGUAGGUGUGUCCAAACUUUUGACUGGUACUGUAUUUCUACCGAGUUGUUUUACGUGAACUUCUGAAAGAUCUUUCUCUGAUCCCACUAAUAGAUUGGCUUGGUUGUGGUAGUCUGGGUUGUGUGACUCAGUCAGUGUUUGUGUGAGGCUACAUGUUGUGGGAGGCAUUUGUUCCGAGUGGAGGAUGUUCAAACACUACCACCCUCCUCCCUAAUUGGCAUGUCUUUUUCCACUUUACUAAUUUGAUGAAUUACAGACACAAUCAGAGACCAUGUCUCGUCUGUGGGCGAAGAGGCCCACUGAUGUGUAGAGGAGGGUUAACACUUGACAAGACUGAGGGGAAAUCAAUGGCCAAGAGGUUACCUCGUGGAAUGUUGGGGUGAGAGUGUUCGCCAAGGGAGAUGAACUGCAUGUGGGGGAGAAUGGAGAGAAUGUGAUCUACCAGUAUCUUUCUCCGCUAAGCCCUGUCUCUACACCACGAUGAAAGGCCCCUCAACCCCAAUUAAAGGCUUUACGCCAAGUGUCUGUAGGUUAUGUUGGACAGGGUAAAAAGAUUGAGGGCAAUGAGCCAUUGGUGAACGUUUGACUCAUUAGGGGGUCGUUAGGCUCAGUGAUCAGGAUAGAUGGGUUUGGGAGACCCUGGCCACAUCGGUUAUGGUAGUAUGAGAUAUCAGUCCUAUACUGUGCUUGCGCUCUUUGGGAUAGUUUCCAGGACACAGUUUAAGCCGAGUGCUGUACUACCCACAUGAAAAAAUACUAUAGUAUACUUUGGUAUAAAUACUAUAGUAUUCACUGUAGUGUUUUUGCGGAAUUUACUGUAGUAUACUGUAGUAUUUACAGUUAACUAUAGUAAAAUAAAACUACAGUAUAUACUAUAGUAAUUAAUGUCGUGUUUUUGUGGAUUGAAGUAUACUGUAGUAUUUACGAUAGUAUUUUUGCAGACUGUACUAUACUGUAGUAUUUACUGUAGUGUUUUUGUUUUAUCUUUGACAUACUGGAGAAAUACUAAAAUAGCACAUUUUCCAUAACCUGUAGGUAGGUAGGUAGGUAGAUAGGUAGGUAGGUCGGUCUGGGAUCUGAACAGAUAGUUCAGCGCUUCUGCUGUUUUCUAUAAUCUGUAGGGAACACAAUAUAUGGUCUAUACUUGGCAUGUAGGUUUCUCACUAAUGGGUGGCACAAAUUGCGAUAUGGGGAGGGGAACGGGCAGUGUAUAGUAAUUACUAUAGUAAUUAAUGUAGUGUUUUUGUGGCUUGAAGUAUACUGUAGUAUUUAUUGUAGUGUUUUUGCAGACUGUAGUAUACUGUAGUAUUUACUGUAGUGUUUUUGUGGACUGUAGUAUACUGUAGUAUUUUGGGUGGCACAAAUUGUGAAAUGUGGAGGGGAAUGGGCAGGGUAUAUGCAAAUUAAAUACUGUGUUUUUCUGGACAUUACUGUAGUAUUUACCAGAGUGAUUUUUUGUGGCUAAUACUAUAGGAUUUACUGUAGCAUUCCACAGUAUACUACAACAUUCUAUAGUAAGCACUACACAUGAUCGAGAGAUACUACAGUGUGUAGUAUAUUAUUCUACAGUACACUACAGUUUACUAUAUAAUUCUAUAGUACGUACUGUAGUAUUCUAUUGUGAACUGUAAUAUAUCUUCAUCUAUGUAAAAAGUAUUUUCAAUGUAGAAUUUCCAUUGAAAGUGCUUUUUAGUCCAGGACUAGGCUUAAUCUGUGUCUGGGAAACCCUACCUUUGUGUUCUAUGCAUAAAACCAUAUAAUAGUGAUUGUGAUGAUAGCCAGGGACUGAUCAAGGUCAGGUGACAGCACAUACACUACCGGUCAAAAGUUUUAGAACACCUACUCAUUCAAGGGUUUUCUUUAUUUUUUACUAUUUUCUACAUUGUAGAAUAAGAGUGAAGACAUCAAAACUAUGAAAUAACACAUAUGGAAUCAUGUAGUAACCAAAAAAGUAUUAAAGAAAUCUAAAUAUAUUUUUUAUUUGAGAUUCUUCAAAUAGCCACCCUUUGCCUUGAUGACAGCUUUGCACACUCUUGGCAUUCUCUCAACCAGCUUCACCUGGAAUGCUUUUCCAACAGUCUUGAAGGAGUUCCCACAUAUGCUGAGCACUUGUUGGCUGCUUUUCCUUCACUCUGCGGUCCGACUCAUCCCAAACCAUCUCAAUUUAGUUGAGGUCAGGGGAUUGUGGAGGCCAGGUCAUCUGAUGCAGCACUCCAUCACUCUCCUUCUUGGUCAAAUAGCCCUUACACAGACUGGAGGUGUGUUGGGUCAUUGUCCUGUUGAAAAACAAAUGAUAGUCCCACUAAGCCCAAACCAGAUUGGAUGGCGUAUCGCUGCAGAAUACUGUGGUAGCCAUGCUGGUUAAAUGUGCCUUGAAUUCUUAAUAAAUCACAGACAGUGUCACUAGCAAAGCACCCCCACACCAUAACACCUCCUCCUCCAUGCUUUACGGUGGGAAAUACACAUGCAGAGAUCAUCCGUUCACCCACACCGCGUCUCACAAAGACACGGCAGUUGGAACCAAAAAUGUGGACUCCUGCCAAAGGACACAUUUCCACCGGUCUAAUGUCCAUUGCUCGUGUUUCGUAGCCCAAGCAAGUAUCUUCUUCUUAUUGGUGUCCUUUAGUAGUGGUUUCAUUGCAGCAAUUCAACCAUGAAGGCCUGACUCACACAGUCUCCUCUGAACAGUUGAUGUUGAGAUGUGUCUGUUACUUGAACUCUGUGAAGCAUUUAUUUGGGCUGCAAUUUCUGAGGCUGGUAACUCUAAUGAACUUAUCCUCUGCAGCAGAGGUAACUCUGGGUCUUCCAUUCCUGUGGCGGUCCUCAUGAGAGCCAAUUUCAUCAUAGCGCUUGAUGGUUUUUGCGACUGCACUUGAAGAAACUUUCAAAGUUCUUGAAAUGUUCCGGAUUGACUGACCUUCAUGUCUUAAAGUAAUGAUGGACUGUCAUUUCUCUUUAUUAUUUGAGCUGUUCUUGCCAUAAUAUGGACUUGGUCUUUUACCAAAUAGGGAUAUUUUCUGUACACCCCCCUACCUUGUCACAACACAACUGAUUGGCUCAAAUGCAUUAAGAAGGAAAUAAUUUCCACGAAUUAACUUUUAAGAAGGCACACGUGUUAAUUGAAAUGCAUUCCAGGUGACUACCUCAUGAAGCUGGUUGAGAGAAUGCCAAGAGUGCGCAAAGCUGUCAUCAAGGCAAAGGGUGGCUAUUUGAAGAAUCUCAAAUAUAAAAUAUAUUUUGCUUUGUUUUACACUUUUUUGGUUACUACAUGAUUCCAUAUGUGUUAUUUCAUAGUUUUGAUGUCUUCACUAUUAUUUUACAAUGUAGAAAAUAGUACAAAUUAAGAAAAACCCUUGAUUGAGUAGGUGUUCUAAAACUUUUGACCGGUGGUGUACUUAUAUGAUAUUAUCUGCUAAUUGAUUCGUUACACUGGAGGAGGAGUUCCAUAAGGGUUCCAGUGAUUGCAGUUCUGACUGCAGUGGUGAAAUGACGUAACUCGAUUACGUACAGGAUGCUGACAUGUCUUGAUGAGAGCAUUGGAUGUUAUUGUGAUUUUUAGUAAUGCUAUGCUGAUAGUAGAAAUGUUGCUGAUAUCUAUAGUAAUACUGUACCCUCUAUUAUAUUUACAUUUUAGUAAUUUAGCAGAUGCUCUUAUCCAGAGUGACUUACAGGAGCAAUUAGGGUUAAGUGCCUUGCUCAACGGCCCAUCAACAGAUUUUUCAGUCGGCUCGGGGACUUGAACCAGCGACCUUUCGGUUACUGGCACAACGCGAACCAGCGACCUUUCAGUUACUGUCCCAAUGCUCUUAACCGCUAGGCUAACUGCUAGGCUAACUGCCACAGAGUUUUCUAUACAGCUUUAGGCUCAUACGUGAUUCUGUUCAUUGUGUUUUGAUCUCAUGAUUCUGUUGCGUUUCCUCCUCCUUACAGAGCAUGGCUCUAAAGGCCACCUAGACCUGACUGAGUUGAUUGGGGUGCCGCUCCCUCCCUCUGUCACCUAUAUCACCGGCUAUGAGGGCUUCCGGCCGGCCUACAACUUCGGGCCCGGCGCCAACAUCGGACGCCUCACCAAGACCUUCAUGCCCGACCCUUUCUUCAAGGACUUUGCCAUCAUCGUCACCAUUAGGCCCAGCAGCAACCAGGGAGGGGUGCUGUUCGCCAUCACUGAUGCCCAGCAGAGGGUGGUGCAGCUGGGGCUGGCGCUGACAGCCGUGGAGGAUCAGACUCAGAGUAUUCAGCUGUACUACACCGAGGGGGGCCAGGGGUCCUCACACAGCCAGCAGGUGGUGUCUUUCAAGGUGCCUGAUAUGACCAAAAAGUGGACAAUAUUCACUCUGUCGGUGCAGGACCAGGAGGUGCGCCUCUAUAUGGACUGUGAUGACUUCCAAGCAGAGACCUUCCACAGGAGCAGCCACCAGCUCAGCUUUGAGCCCAGCUCAGGCAUCUUUGUGGGCAACGCUGGAGGGACUGGGCUGGAGAGGUUUGUGGUAAGUCGAGGGUUGCUUCUGAUCAUUUUACAGUACCAUGUCUUACUGUAGGUUUAUGUGUGCUGGGUUUGGGUGGGUUGGUCUCUCUCUCUCUCUCUCUCUCUCUCUCUCUCUCUCUCUCUCUCUCUCUCUCUCUCUCUCUCUCUCUCUCUCUCUCUCUCUCUCUCUCUCUCUGUGUGUGUCUAUGUUUAAUUCUUUGCACAAAUUACUUGCACUGUGUGGAUUGUUAGUCCUACUCUGUUUGCCCAGGCUGCGUUAGCAUGAACAUUACUCCAUUAACAUGAUAAAAGACUCAAAGGUCAUCUGUGUUUAAUUAGUCUUAACUACUGUCCUAAAAGCUUCACAGCUGGGACAUCUUCCCAUUCGCUAUGCACCACUUGUCUAGCAUACAAUAUCGGAUUUCAACAAGAAUGUUUAGCUAUAUCAUAAAUAGUGAUUAAUGUAUGAAUAUGCUCAGUCAGUUUCUCAGAAUCAGCACAUAUAAGGUUGUAUAACUCCGCUCCAAACAUCCUGAAAUUUGAGAGCCAUCGAUAGUACACAGACUAACGGGAGGUCCUGGCAGUCUCUCAGAGAGGAAGGGAGAGAUCAGCUUUGUUUAAUAAACAGACCCAUGGUCAGCUCUGCUCAGCUCAAGUCCUCACGUUCAUGUGUCCUGUGAUGUCUGUUCCAGUUUUUGCUUCUCUGAGAGGAGAAACGGUGAGGUUCACUAACUGAGGAAUUAAGGAGGCGACAGUAGUGUCUGGUCUAGUCAAAACAAUAUCUCCCACAUACCACACAUUGACUGUCAACCAGUGUAGUUAUGGAGAGUGAGACCAUUGAGAUAUUUCAUAUUGAUUAUCUAUGAAGAGAGAACUAUUCAGCUGGUUCAAUAUAACCAAUUAAAAUAUUCAUAUUAAUAAUUUUGUUGGGUGUCAUACUUCUAGAUCAAGUCCAGUAAGAGCAGAACUUCCCCUAAAGCCCACUUCUAUUAGGUCAAACAAACACUGAGCUAUUUAUGUUCGUAUUCUUAUAUUUUAUUAUUUCUUAUUGUUGUUGCAUUGUUGAGAAGGAACCUGCAAGUAAGCAUUUCAUUGGACAGUGUAUACCAUGUGUAUCCUGUACAUGAUAUGACUAAUAAAAACUUGAUGAAGUGAAUGGGACUUUCUCCACGCCCCUAAAUGAACCAUCCGGCAACAUUCUUUAUUAGUAUGCUGCUGCGCCUCGAGAGUUCUGACGGUGGUGGUGGUGGUGUGUGUUUGGGAAAGUGGUUUCCGUGGCGACGGCAGCAAAGUGGGCAGCUUUUCCUUUUGUUGUUGUGAGGCAAUUUGGUGCUGGACUGGCGAGGGGCCUGAGAUGGCCAAUAGGGGUACACCACAGUCAGUCAGUCAGUCAGUCAGAGCAGAGGGGCCAGAGAGGGAGGGGGGAUAAUAAGAGGGAGGGGUAGAGAGAGGGGAAAGUGGGAGAGGAGGAGGUGAGAGGAGGUGAGAGGGGAAGAUGGGGGGCGAGAGAGGGGGAGAUGAGGUGGGAAAGGAGGGGUAGAGCGGGAGGAAGAGUAGGCGGUAGAAUAAGGGAGUCCCACAGUUAAUCAUCAAGCCAACAGAACACAGUGGACUGUCAUGCGGGGCGAUACAAUACUGCUGGGUUAAACUCUGUGCCACGAGAUGGCUCUGGCCCUUCAAAACCAGCCAGGACGACAAAGCUCCGAGUUUUGUUCUGAUGCAGCCUUGAUUCGUUUCACUCUCACUCUCUCUCUCUAUCUGUCUUUCUAUCUUUGGUCUUGUGUUCUGUCUCUGUCUCUCUAUGCAAUAUUGUCUGUUUUUAUGAUUUUACAGUAGUAAAUGUGUUUCAGUAGUUUGCUGUGUUCCAUACUGACUGACUGUGGGGCCAGUAUUUUACAUCCCACUGAUCCCAGAUCAGAAUCUGCCUCUUUCUCUCUCGCUCUCGCUCUCUACAUCAGCACAAUAACUCCUUAUCAUACAUCACCAAAGCAUUAUCACAUAGCUCUCUCUUUCUCUCCCUCUGUACAGGGCUCUAUCCAGCAGCUGGUGAUCAAAUCAGACCCCAGGGCUGCAGAGGAGCAGUGUGAGGAAGAUUAUCCCGAUGUGAGUGUCUACACACCACAUCCUGACACAAUACACAUUCAGUUCCAUUGAUAUGUAUGUAUCCAUAGCCUUGAGAUCCUGACAUUCUAGAGGCCUCUUGAAAAAGAAAAGGAGAGCCUCACACUCUAGGAGCUCAGAUGCAAAUAUUCUAGAGGCCUCGUAUUGAGUAACGUGUUGAGCGUUUGGCUCGCAAGACAAAUUUAUCCAUGGCUUGACUUGCAUAAAGAAUACACUUGGCUCUCUCUAGUGUUCAAAAGAGGGAAUAAUGUUUACUAGUUGACGGUCACUUUUAACUGGCUCUCACUCACAUCACUCACAUCCAUUUGAAUCACAGGAGGUUGGUGGCACCUUAAUUGGGGAGAACGGGCUCGUGGUAAUGACUGGAGCGGAAUCAGUGGAAUGAUAUCAAAUACAUCAAACACAUGAUUUCCAGGUGUUUGAUGCCAUUCCAUUUGCCGUUCUCCCCUCAGCAGCCUCCACUGAUUUGAAUGUACAUAGCUGCCACUACUCUCGCCUUGCUUCACCUAAAUUAUGUGAAUGAAGAGUUCCCUCUAGUGGUUAGUUAGGGAAAUUCUACUUCUAGGUCACUGGUGUCAAAAUCAUGUUUGGAUGGAGAGAUGUAUGGUGGUAGUCUUCUGUAUUCCAGGCUUCUGGGGAUGGGAGUGGGGACGAAACGAUGGACGACCGUGAAACAGAGGAUGAGCUGAUGAACAUGGAACGAAGAAAGGAAACAGCACGGGUGAGUAAAGAUGGAUAGUGUGAGCAUGGGGUGUGAGAGAUUGUGUUCAGUGAGAGGCUGUCAACGGACGCUGGGUGAGCAGAGAUGAGAGAGAGAACAUCCGUCCACACAACUAAGAUUGGCUUGGACACAAGGCACAUUGCUGUCUGAGCAACACUUUCUGACAGACUUCAUUGGAAGUCUCUUACAUAAGCCUUUGACAUGUAGUGGAACAUCUUUUGUCUGUUUCAUCAGUUUCAAUUUGUACUGAUACAAAACACAAGUAUGUAAUAGUGAACACUGGGGGGAUAUAUUCCAGUAGGACGAUUCAGUACCUCUAUCCCUCUACCCAGUUUUGCGAAACCCAAUAACUAGCCUGCUAAUAUUGUUGCACUCGUUAAGUCUAGGGGUCUUAAGCCUUGUUACAUGGUCUGUAACCUGAAUGAAUGUGUGCAUUUAUGUGAGAAAUCAGCGUUUGAGGACCGUGUUGAAUGCACAUCACUGCAUGGAAAGGCACAUUUACGGGUCGAACACGCCAGUGCACAAUUCCAAAAACAGUUUCUGGAAAUUUGCGUGAAAGUGCACAGCCCUGAACACGUCCGGUAUAUCUCCGAUAACGGACCACUUGUGUGUGCGGACGUGUGUACGGGCAUGUAUAUAUCCGGAACGGUUCAGUAAAUCCCCACACGUCCACCCACAUCUUGAAAUUCCAAUGCAUGUUUGACGUCAGUUGCAAUACAUCUCUGUCCACGUCCGCCCAAGUCUCUCCCAUAAAUGUCAGUAAAUAACCGUGCACUUGUUUAAGGCUGUGCAUGCUUAUUCGCCACAAUGAAUGCUAAUGCUAGUCAUUGCUAGCUUGCCUUAGUGGCUGUCAAUGGUAUAUUAAAAACACAAUUAAUUGUGGAAUUAAUUAAUUAGUGAAUUAAGAAUAGCUAUUAUUAAUAUCACACCUCAGGGUUCCUACACCUUUUCAGAAAAAAUUAUGUAAGCACCACUAUCAAGGUUUUCCCUGCACCUCACAAUGUCGCUAUACUAUCGCUAAACAUCUCUUAGUUCCUUGAAUAAAACACACAAAUCCACUCUAUAAUUUCAGCAGAGAAGGAGAAAGCAGGUAAUAGUAUCUGCAUUUAGUCUAAGCAGGGCCUGAAACUAAAGUAACCGCCAUGGAGGCUCGACCUGGGCCAAGCUGGAGGAAUUCUGCCAGUACAAUGCUUGAGUUUAAUAUUUUUUACUUUCAUCUUUGAAUUUCAAAUGUGGUGCUUACCAGCUUACAUUUGUGUAAACAGGUAUACACCAAAUGAAGGAAAUAUGAACGAGACUAUUCAAAAGUUUUCAAAAGAAUCAAGCACUAUACUGACAGUCAUCCAGCUUGGCCCAGGGCGAGCCUCCAUUGGGGUUACUGUGGUGCUAUAGUGUUGAGGGUAGAGGGGUCCAUGGGAUCUAGGUUGCUUUGACGAAAACUCCCCAUAUAUGAUUUGUGUGGUGUGGCUCGCCAAGUAGCUCUGGUCCCUCUCCAAGUUCUUGACAAAGGGCAGUGAGCGCCUCACUCUGGAAGCAGGGGGGGGCUUAACGAACCACACUGGUUUUCCGUUUUGCAGGCCAUCCUCAUCGCUCAUCAGGUCAACAUUAACUCCUGUCCAAAUGUCUCUCAUCCUCUGCAAGCACUCUUGACUGUGCAUCUAGAAGCAAAAACUAAGAAAACUAUAGAAUACAGUAAACAAAUGCAUCAGUCUCAAGUCAUGCAUAUUCAUAUAUACUGAACCAAAAUAUAAACGCAACAUGCAACAAUUUCAAAGAUUUUACUGAGUUAUAGUUCAUAUAAGGAAAUCAGUCAAUUGAAAGAAAUUCAUUAGGCCCUAAUAUAUGGAUUUCACAUGACUGGGCAGGGUAUGAAAAAUUUAUGCACUCACUAACUGUAAGUCGCUCUGGAUAAGAGCGUCUGCUAAAUGACUAAAAUGUAAACUGUAAAUGGGUGCAGCCAUGGGUGGGCCUGGGAUAGGCCCACCCACUGGGGAGCCAGGCCCAGCCAAUCAGAAUGCGUUUUUCCCAACAAAAGGGCUUUAUUACAGACAGAAAUACCUUCAGACGAUCCUGCAGAUGAAGAAGCCGGAUGUGGAGGUUCUGGGCUGGCAUGGUUCCACGUGGUCUGUGGUUGUGAGGCCAGUUGGACGUGCUGCCAAAUUCUCUAAAAUGACGUUGGAGGCAGCUUAUGGUAACAAAAUUCUCAUUAGAUUCUCUGGUAACAGCUCUGAUGGACAUUCCUGCAGUCAGCAUGCCAAAUGCACGCUCCCUCAAAACGUGAGACAUAUGUGGCAUUGUGUUGUGUGACAAAAUUGCACAUUUUAGAGUGGCCUUUUAUUGUCCCCAGCACAAGGUGACCUGUGUAAUGAUCAUGCUGUUUAAUCAGCUUCUUGAUAUGCCACACCUGUCAGGUGGAUGGAUUAUCGUGGCAAAGGAGAAAUGCUCACUAACAGGGAUGUACACACAUUUUGAGAGAAAUAAGCUUUUUGUGUGUAUGGAAAAGGUCUUUUUUCAGCUCAUGAAACACGGGACCAACACUUUACAUGUUGCAUUUAUAUUUUUCUGAACUUUAAUUUAAAGCCCCACCAACCCCAGAUAGAGAUAUUAAAGGGGAAUUCCAACCUAUCACGUAAACCCCACCCCCCCAAAAAAACAAAUUAAUAUAAGUGAAAUUACUGAGAUUAUUAGUAUUAUAGGAAUAUUGUGAAAACAAUAGUUGAAUUCCACCUGGUUGAAAGGGGCUUCACAUGCUUUUGGCUCCAUGCACCGGAUGUAUCGCCCUCAAACAACUAGCCAAAGAUAAUGUAAUGACCCAGCUGGGUCAUAAAGGAAAAAGAGACGGACACCAGAUGUGCAGGGCAGAACACAGGUUUAUUCCUAAACUGGGCUAUUGUUCAGGCCACAGUCCACGCCGCUAAAUUCCGAACGUACACAAAUAUACCAUGUCAAGUUAAGGGUCACCCUCCUAGGAGCAGGUCAGGGUCCCGAACAGAAGAGAGAGAGAUGAGACAGUAGCCCCUAUUUAUGCAUUUCAAAACCCCAUGGGAUUACCCAUCAUACCCCCUCAACCUUUCCGUCUGUCCUGGCAUAUUGAACCCCUGCUAGCACCUAUGAGAACAAUAACACACCCAUGAAAACUGAACACAAUACCGGGUCGUUACAAUAAUUAUAAUCAAACGAGAUAUGCAACAAGUUAUGCAUGUGAUACUGGCAGUACACAGAGCUACAAGCAUGUGGGCGUUUUUGCCAAAAUAUGAACCUGGUUCAUGAUUACUGUUAUUUUCAGUAAAACAGUCAAUGCAGUUCUGAUACAGAGGCAAUUAGUGUUCCAACAAAGUACAGCAAAUCGGUGAUUAAUGGAACCCCAGGGGCUAUAGCAGCCACUCUAGACCAGGUGGUUGGAAUUCAACAUUUGUUUUCAUUCUACUCUUCUAGACUCAAAUAUAUAACUUGAAACAUGUAAUUGGGCCAUGCACCACCUUUGUAUUCCAAGGACCAGGAGUAAUACAGGAGUGGUAAAACUAGGGUUACACAGAAGCUACUUGUACAAAAAGGCUUACCACCUUUCUCCUCUGGCAACCCUUCUUUGCGUGUUUCUCCACGAUUGUGUCCCCUAUGUUCUCAGGUAAACCUGAAAGAUACGCCCGCCUCAAUCUCGUAAUAGGUGGCACAAGAACCUGCAAUGGAUAUAAGCAAAAGGUUAAUUGUAUGUUGGUUUGGUGCAUCGCCUUGUUAUCGUAUGUAAAAAGGCAUUAAACAUAACUUUGAGCGUUUCACUCUUUUUCUCCUGUGUAAACACAGCCUAUUCUCACUAGAUGUGUAUGUAGCUAUGACACCCAUGCAUUGUAUGGGCAACACCAGUAUAUCUCCUUCACUCUAUUUAUACAGUGCCAAUUGUACAAUAAAAUUAUAGAAGAGGCCUGUAUUAAAUGUAAAAAAUAAAACAGCUAGCAACAUAAGCUAGUAGGGCGAAAUGGAAAUUCACACCCACGACCGUGCACCUCAAAUAUCACAGGAAUAUAGCAGAUCCGAUUUCACCCAGAAACUCUGCUUUUCAUGCAGUGCAUGUGCCCAGAAGACAGCAACGUACCGAGUUCAGGGCCAGCUCCGACUUGACCUCCUGGUUGGCCAGUCCAAGCGGAUUAUAAUUUGUUCAAAUGGUGACGAAACAUAAAUAUGUACAAAAAGGAAAAAUACCAAAGGCAUGCCCAAACUAAAGACAUCAUGGCCACUAAACAAACCCAGUAGCCUCACGGCUUGCCCCCUGAGACACUGACUGAAUAUCACCUUAAUUGGCAGCACUUGGUGUGCUUAUCAACCAGGCCCCCUGGGGGAAUGGAGUGUGGAAGUGUAACCUGGAUAGCGUGUUUGUCUAUGUCCCCCCCAUAUCAAGUCUCUACACUGGCCUUUGAUGUGUCUGUUAUGUCUACUGGUAGCAGUGGUUGUUUAUCAGGAAAAUGUGGCCAACCCCCACAUCCUUGUCAAUAGGAAGCAAACACAGAUACAGUGCUGCACUCAUGUACCCAGUGAAGAUCACUUUUUGUUGUCUGUUUCUCUUCUGUUCCGGGAGUGCUCCAGAUUCCAGCUGUGUGUAUGCUACAUUGACUUUCAUCCUCCCAACACUAACACACCAAUUUACUUACCCCCCCUCUCUCUCGCUCGCUCUCUCUCUCGCUCUCUCACUCUCUCGCUCACUUUUUACUCUUUCUCACAUUCACUCUUUAUCUCUCUCUCUUCCUCCUUAAUAUUUUUCUCCCUCCAGCCAGAGGAUAUGCUGAGCGGGCCGGUGCGAGCCCCGCCCACAGAGUCUCCGGAGGUGGAGCUAGAUGAGUACUCAGGUCACCUGACUCCCACAGAGGAGGCCCAUCAGGAGAUGCUGCUCAGAGGUGGGGAAGGCAGGUUCACCAUGCUCUUAUCUUAACCAAUCAUCAUAUUACAUUUACAUUUUAGUCAUUUAGCAGACGCUCUUAUCCAGAGCGACUUACAGUUAGUGAAUACAUUUUUUUUUUUUAUACUGGCCCCCCGUGGGAAACGAACCCACAACCCUGGCGUUGCAAACGCCAUGCUCUAUCAACUGAGCUACAUCCCUGCCCGGUCAUUCCCUCCCCUACCCUGGACGACGCUGGGCCAAUUGUGCGCCGCCCAUGAGUCUCCCGGUCACGGCCGGCUGCGACAGAGCCUGGAUUCGAACUAGGAUCUCUAGUGGCGCAGUUAGCACUGCGAUGCAGUGCCUUAGACCACUGCGCCACUCAGGAGACUAUGGCAGUACAGGGCACUUUCAUAUAACUGAUAAUUGAGCUUGAUUUAACUCGUCUGGUGACUAUGUCAAUUGUUAUUAGAUUUUCCCUUUGCAUUGAUCAAUCAUAUCUGUCUCUCAUUGGUUAAUAUUGUUGGUUGAAUACAUCAUAUAUCCCUCAUUGGUUAAUCCUAUUGAUGUCUCUUAUUCCUCUCUCAGGACCCAACCAGACAGAGGAGCCAGAGAGGUCAGGGGAUGUAAGUAAUAGUUACGUGCCUCAAAACCUGAUGUCCUUUAAAUGCUUAAUUCAUUAUUCAGUAUUUAAUACAUCUUCUUACACAACGUUCUCCUCUUUGCGCUGAUCAUCAGGGUGGGCCUCUUAGCCACAGACAGAAAGGAGAGCGAGGAGAGCCUGGGCCUAUGGGUCCUGCUGGUCCCCGUGGCCCCCCUGGCCCCUCCACUCCCUCUGAGGGUAGGAGGUCUGGGCACAGCCAGCCAGGACCCAGGGGCCCUCAGGGGCCUUCAGGACCAACAGGGGCCCCUGGGGUGCCAGGGAAGGAUGGACAGCCAGUGAGCUUUAUGUCAUUACUCUGUGAUAGUAGUACAUGUUUGAUUAUGUUUUCUAUUACCUUCACUUGACAUGACUGAAAAGAUAAAUCAAAGGAGCAUUCACAUUUUUCAGGGAAGCAAGGGUGAAGAUGGAGAUCCAGUGAGUAAUUCUGGUCUUGUGUCAAAUUGUACUGUUCUGUCAUACAUAAAUACUGUAUGUUUUAAGAAAUGACCUAAUCUAUGGUCAUCUCCACAGGGACAGAGAGGACCUCAAGGUUUCCCAGGUUUGGCAGGGGAGGUUGGAGUCAAAGGAGACAAGGUACAGUAAUAAAAGGUGUUCAAAGGAAAAAUGUAUAUUCAAUGUGUGUGAGAUAGGCAGUUAGUCGUACCCUGUGUUCUCUUCUGUACAGGGGGACCCAGGAGCAGGCCUACCAGGGCCUCCAGGCCCCCCUGGACCUCCCGGACCCCUCAGAUCACACAGCGUACCGGUGGGUAGCAGUGUAACAUCCUGGAAACAUCGGAUUGAACUGGGGAUCAAAUGGGGAUUUGUCUUAAUUGCCUGUUUUCCUUUGAAUUGCAGUACGGAGAGGAUGCACUCAGCUCUGGCUUUGGGGACCUUGAUGAUACAGAAUUGAUCAGAGUAAGAACUUUAAUUCUGCUGUCAUCUGUUAUGUUUUUCUCUAAUAAAAUGUCUCUAGGAGGAGUAUUUUAUCCACAUACUGCCAGCCUUAUCUCGCAAGAUUUCAUAAAUAUGUUUUGCUACACUUGCUUGCGAGAUCAGGCUGGAAGUACGAGGCUACGAGAAUUCAUCACUCAAUGUUAAACGUGUGCCAUGCAUCCCAUAUCCAACAGGUGGUGGUGUUUAAUCUGAUCACCUAUAGUUGAGACCAACCCACUGUGAUGAUUUUACAGUAAGGUGUCCUCUCUCUCCUAGGGUCCUCCUGGCCCUCCAGGUCAACCUGGCCCCCCUGGACCCACCAGCCCCUUCAACGCCUCUGAAGGCCUGUUCCCUGGACAACCAGGUCCUCCUGGCAGAUAUGGCCUUGUUGGGAAACCUGGACCUCCGGUGAGUUGUCUGUCUAUCUCACGUUCUCCCUAAGAUCCACUAUUGAUGUUUCCACCUGUUACCACCCAUUUUCACCUGUUAUUGAUGUUCCCACUUUUGUUUUGUAUUGUACAUUUUAUUUUGUUAUACUCUUCUAUAUGUGUAUGCAUGCAUUGUAGUUGACAGUGGUUUCCUCGCCACUCUCUGUUGUUAUUGACCUGGCUGUCCCUGGCCUUUAUUGUUUCAGGUGAUUGAGGAUUGGUUUAGUGGUUCUGACUUGGGCUCUGGGUUUGGCUCAGGGUUGUUCGGCUCUGGGCUUGGUUCUGGCGAGGUAUUUCCCUGGUUCCUUCACUGAACCAGUAGGCUUGAAAAGGCAGAACGUUCUCUCCAACCAUGUUUUCUAACAGCCUGGCCCAUUUAACUUACUGUACGUGAGAUGAGUGUGUGUGUGUGUGUGUGUGUGGGGGGGGGUGUGUGUCACUGGUGUAUCACACAAGGCCGGGGGGCCCACUAGCUCUGGGGGCCUUUUGUUGGGGGAAGGGCAAACAUUUUGCCAAGGUUAACAUUUUUAGAAUUACAGGAAUUUAGCUGUACAACUGCAACAUUUUCUCUCAGCAUCAUGGCAAAAUGUGUAAAAUAGCAUGAAAUUAGCUAUAAAACUGCAGAAUGUUUCUCUUUGCCCCAUGGCAAAAUGUAUAGAACCCCCCCCCCCCCCUAAUUCUAACAGCCUUGCUCAGACCUUGCGGGGGCCCCCACGAAACUGAGGUACGCCACUGGUGUGUGUGUGUGUGCACGCAUGUGCUUCUGCUUAGAAUUGUUUACCCAUCUAUGAAACCAUCAGGGGUCUAUGCUCAUCCCCCAUCCCCUCAUUAAGCGGGAAACAACCUAGGUUUGACUUGAUGGACAUUGAGCUUGAGCUAUAUGCUUCAUACAUCAAACAUGGUCAAGCUACAUUGGAGAGAACCUGCCUUUUUAUAUAAGUCUGUUGCCUGCGUGCUUUCACUAACUGCAUUUAUGGAGCUUGCCCUUUAUUUUUUUACAGUCAAUGAGCCAUGUUGUUCCUUUAGGAAUGGCAAAAGGGACAAUGGUGGCAACGGCUGGCUAUGUUUUUUCUAUUUUAGACAGAGGAAUAUCAUAUUUUAUGAUGAAAAGUAACUAAUUCUGUGGGAUUCAAUAUCAAAUUCUCACCAUGAAUAAUUACCAUGAAGAGAAAUAUUUUAAAUGACUUGUUGGAAGUUAUCUUUGCAACUGUAUCUAUGGUAGCUACUAUCAUUCUAAGGAAAGCAAGACAGUCUUGGUCAUGAUAGACUAGUCACUUGACUUGUGUGACCUGUAUGUGCAGGAAAUUCAGAGAGCAACGGUUGUGACAUCACAUCUCUCUGCUGUUGAUUUCAGGGUCAACCUGGUCUGGAUGGGGAUGUUGGGCCGACAGGGCCUAAAGGUCUGAAAGUAAGAUGACAGUUACUCUGGAAGCUAUUGUUUGCAUUUUCUAAGGGAAUGUAGCUGAUUUGAUCCCCCACAAUCAUUUCCAUUGCAAAUGCUUACUUUAACCUAUCUCUCUUCCUCACAUAGGGUGAACAAGGACUAGUUGGACCAAAUGGACCAAAGGUAUUUCUAACCAUCUGACCACUCAGUUAUCAGUUAUAAAAAUGCAUUAAUCAAACAAUGAGACCUAAGUUCCUAAUCAAGCUGCUGACAUGCAUAUCUACUACUAUACUGUGUUCUUCAUAGUCAGUUUUGGGCUUAUUCUUCCCUGCAGGGUGAAUCAGGUGACCCAGGGUUGGCAGGAGCUACAGGACCGAGGGGACCAGAGGGGAAGAGGGGCGACCCUGGCCCUCGGGGGCUGCCUGGCCCCCCCGGACCCCCAGGAGCAGGAUUGUUUGUUGAGGUGCUGUUUUGUUGAUUUUACUGUUGAGUCAGUUUCCUAUCAUACGGUUGUCUUGUUUUGUCUCUAUUGAUUCUGAAUGCAACAAUGUUGUGUGUUGGUGCUUGCAGGACAUGGAAGGGUCUGGGAAGCAUGACAUGCUCCUUGGCGCAGGACUCAAAGGCCCUCAG